AAGAACGCUGACAGUUUCGGCUGGCAUUUAACGGCGGGGCAGCGCUGGGGGGCUACUGAGCGAGGCCAGUCAACAGCCACGGAAAUCCGGUCCUCACUCCCUCUUGCUUUGCGUCUCUGGUGAGCUUUUCUCGGCAUUCGUCAAAAGGCCAGUGAGCUUUUCUUCGCAUCGGAGAGUUUCAUGGUGAGAUAUUCUAUGUACCAGACGUCCAAGCGAUAUUCUUGCCAAGCUCGACCCUUCAGCAGAGGCAAUCAUUGAACACACUGCAAGACAAAACAACAAGCCCGGGACAAGAUAAUCGUCACGACACACACUUCAAUCUUCAAGAACUAACUAUAAACUUUCAAUACUCUCAACGCUUUUACGAACAGGCACGUUCAUCAGCGUGCAUUCUUGUGUUCACAAGAAGACAUCCCUAAUGCAAAUGCCUAGAAAAAAAACUACAGAAGCGUAUUUUUCACAGCUGUGAACUAAAUUACGUAGAUAGGUCGGAAUUAGUUUCUCAUGAUGGAGAAUAUGAGCAUUCACGUAGUAUUUGGCCUUAUUAAGGUUCUGGUAACUGUAUAUGACAUUUGUACAUUGCCAAUUUAUAUGCUACUUCAGAGGCCAUGGCACUACUGGAAGAAAACAAGGCAGCGCUUUGGAAUUCAACUUGAUCAGAAUGACCCUGCAUCUCCGUACGUGAAGGCUAAGACCUUCAGGGCGGAAAGAUUUUCCAACGUAGGGACACUGAACGAGCUAAUGACGGAAGCCUUCCGAAAGUACAACGACCGACCGUGCCUGGGUACGCGCCCCAUCCUUGGAGAAAGUGAAGAACAAAAGGACGGAAAAGUUAUCAAAAAACUAUCUCUUGGUGACUAUGAAUGGCUCACAUUUAGUGAUGUAGACCACUUGGUUUACCUAAUUAGUCGUGGUAUCAUGACUCUAGGUUUAAAACCUCGAGAAUACUUGGGAAUCCUAGCCGAGACCAGGCAAGAGUGGACUCUCACAGCGCUCGCCUGCUUCCGCGUCAACGUCCCUCUAGUGACGUUGUACGCAACAUUGGGCGAAGACGGCAUUAUACAAGCUCUCAACGAAACGGAAGUGACCCACCUCGUAACUUCUUACGACCUGAUGCCGCAAGUUGCCAACGUUUUAUCCAAGACUCCUUUUAUAAAACGCAUCAUCUAUAUGGAAAGCAAAUUCAAGAGGACACCGGUGGUAGUUCCAAAAAACGUAGAGGUGAUCCCGUUUUCUGAGCUUGAGAAGCGAGGUAAGACUGCGGACGAAAAUUUCAAAGUAGAGACGCCGAGAAGAGACGACGUGUUCAUCGUUAUGUACACAAGUGGCACCACUGGCAUUGCCAAGGGAGUCAUGAUAACCCACAAAAACAUCAUGGCAACUUUGAAAGGGUUCAGCGUCAACUGCCAAACUUUUGGCACUGGUAAUGACGACUCACACAUUGCCUACCUCCCCUUAGCUCACAUCCUAGAGCUCUUAGCUGAAUGCCUGACUCUAGGACUGGGAGCCAAGAUUGGCUUUUCAUCUGCUUUAACACUCACUGACGCAUCCACUGGACUGAAAGCCGGAUGUCUGGGUGACGCAACUCUAUUGAAACCCGUUUUCCUGGUGUGCCCGCCACUUAUUCUCGAUCGCAUCCGAAAGAGCAUCACAGAUAUUGUGACGGCCAAGGGGCCCUUCUUCGCCCGCUCCUUCGAGUACCUUCUAGCUUACAAAGCCUUCUGGCUAAGCAUCGGCUUCAACACAACGAUUCUGAACCGUUUGGUGUUUGACAAAAUGCGCGCUUUGGUUGGAGGCCGCGUCGCAUUUUUAGCCACGGGAGCAGCGCCGCUCUCAGCCGAUACUGACGCCUUCAUACGGGCCUGUUUUGACUGCUGUCCGAUACAAGGCUAUGGACUUACAGAAACUGCUGGUUCUGCAGCUCUCAAGGAUCUGGAUGACAGAAGUUUUAAAAGUAUCGGUUCGCCAAUCCUCGGUUCCUACAUCAGGUUGGUGGACUGGGACGAGGGAAACUAUUGCAUCACCGACGAACCGCACCCGCGAGGGGAAAUAGUGGUGGGAGGAGACUGCGUGACACCGGGGUAUUUCAAGAACGAGGCUCUCACUCAGGAGUGUUACAGGGAAGAAGCUGGUAUGCGAUGGUUUUACACGGGCGACAUCGGGGAGGUGUAUCCGGAUGGCACAGUCAGCGUAAUCGAUCGCAAAAAGAACCUGGUCAAGCUUGCGCACGGGGAAUAUGUGUCCCUCGGUAAAAUAGAAACCGAACUCAAAACUUGCCCAAUGGUCGACAACAUAUGCGUUUGUGGUAACUCCUUCAAAACAUAUUUGGUCGCUCUCGUGGUGCCUAAUCCAAAGCAACUACAGAACCUGGCUUUGCAAGAAGGUGAAAGCGAUAUGAGUUUCGGCAAUCUUUGCAACAAUCCAGCUAUUACUAGAGCUGUGGCAAACGCUAUCGCAAAGCAUGGACACCGAGCUCGCCUACACAAAACGGAGAUCCCCGUCAAAGUUAAGCUCUGUGUUGAAGAAUGGCAGCCGGACACUGGCCUGGUGACUGCGGCCUACAAGCUUCGCAGGCGUGAAAUUCAGAAGUUUUAUCAAAUGAGUAUAGACGAAAUGUACGGUACAAACUAAUUUAGCCAAGUGAUGUGAAGACAAGUACAAAUCAAACGACCGACGAAUGUCAGGCGUCUUCACUAUUAUGUCCUGACAUCAUCCAAAGCAGCGAUGGAGAUCUUAAGUUUUUCAGUUUUCUUCACUUACCUAGGGAAACGGCAGUUUUCGUUGCUCCGUAAAUAAAAAACAAUAUGUUUCACUAGUACCACAAUAUGUUCAUCCCUCUACUCGAAACUCGAUUAUAGUAAUACUGAUUAUAGUAUAUACUGGUGGGGAAGCAUCGAUGUAGCCGAACAGUCUCAGAUUCAUCUACUACGGACACAGCCUUCGGCCAUAUCAGUGUGGUGUCACUUUUGCUCGCUCUUGUACUGCCCUCAAAAAUUUCUUAUGUCCACUGCGUUCGUUGGUGUCUGUUUCGUGCGGCUGCUUCGCUCUUUGUAAGGUUGAACUGCCUUUUGAGUAUCUUAUUAUGUUAAGCGUCAGACUAGUGGACUCUGUUCUUCCUUUUUACUUUCUUUUUGCUUGGUUUUACUAUGACGGCACAAGAACAGCAAGUUGUUCCUUGACACUACUUAGUGAUGGACUGAUUGAUUGAUUUAGUAAAAAUAUUAAUGAUAUUAAACCGUGCUGUUUGUCACCAUUUUGGGCUGAAGUAUUUAUUCCAGCUGAAAUAUCAUCUAAUGUUUCUGUAAUUUUGCCUAAUGGAUUAAAGCCGAUCUUCUAAUCACCA